AUGUCGUAUUACUCUUCAAUUUACUUAAAGCUUGCAGAAACAUUCGACAAACUUGCAUCCAGCCCUGAGAGACUAAAGAGCCAGUGUGCUGCAAUUUCGAUUGAGCAACUAGAUGAUAUCCUUGUGCUUUUAAAAAAGGCAACAUAUCCACCCGCUUCUAAAGACCUGGGCGGCUCUGCUCAUCCCAAAUGUCCUGGUCUAUUUGACCCAUCCGAUUCCAAGUUUAUUUUCUCUGAAGUAAAGAACAAUGUAGAUCAGGAAAUUGUAGGAGCCAAUGCAGAUGGUGGUAAUCAGGCCCUCGAGGUUUUCACAAAAGACAAAGAUCCUAUUUCUAACGUUGUUGAACCUAUGGAGGAGUGUGUUGGUAAUGUUACACCUGCACCUAUGGAGACGUCUCUUGAUAAUGUCUCACAUGCAGCUAUGGAGGAGUCUCUUGAUAAUGUCACAUCUGCGCCUAUGGAUCUUAAUACUGAGAAAAGCAACAAGUCCCAGCUUGGGGCCCCUUUUUAUACGCUUCCAACGCAAAGCUUGGCCUCCAAACCACUUCCGACAUAUGAUUUCGGUUACAUAGACAGCUUGGGAGCCAGAACAACAUCGACAUCAUCUCAUGAAUGCACAGGCCUCCCUAUUUAUCUAUUUUAA